AUGAUACUACGACCGCGCAUUCGGCCGGCGUCAAUCCGCCAGCUCUUCAAACAACAACAUGGCGCCCGCCGCACCAUCGUCGCCGCGCCCAAACCAGGCUCAGGUCCCCUCAUGGAACGCCGCUCCGACCGCGCCCUCCCCUCCAUAUCGACAGGCUCCUACCGCUGGCUCAAGACCAUGCCCAUCUUCGCCAUCAUCAUGGUAGGCUCCAUGCUGGCGAUUUUCAACUAUCAAAAGACGAGCAGCUCCGUGGUGAGCAGCACCCUCUACGCAUUGCGGACGAACCCCGAAGCGAGACAGAUCCUGGGCGACGAGAUUUAUUUCGCGAGCCAGAUUCCGUGGAUUGCGGGGGAGUUGAAUCAGUUGCAUGGGAGGAUUGAUAUUAGUUAUUGGGUGAAGGGGACGAAGGGGAAGGCUUUGAUGCGGUUUAAGAGUGAGAGGAAGACGAGGAUGGGGCUUUUCGAGACGCUUGAAUGGAGUAUCCAACCCGAAGGAGGAGAGAAGAUUUCGCUGGUUGGUGGAAACGAUCCCUUCAAGCAAGAGACUGCAGACAGCAUUGCUGUGGCGGUGUGA